CAGAGGUGGGAAAAAUCUUAAGCAAGAGGUUCCAGAGAGCUGAUUUUCGUUGUAGCAUUAUUUGUGUCUGAUCUGGUCUUUCUGCGACUCACAGAGCUGGAACAGAGAAUCAUGAAACUGGAGGUGCCUGAAGCUUUCGAGGAUGUAGCUGUUGACUUUUCGAAUGAUGAGUGGAAAUUGUUGAGCAAGCAAGAAAAGCAGGUUUACAGAGAAGUGAUGGUACAGAAUUAUGAAAGUAUGCUGUCAGUAGGUUACAAUAUCCCAGUUGAACAACUUCUGCUGCUGUUCACACAGGAUGGUGAUCGCCUUGGCAGUGAGGAGGAGAGAAAUAAAGACCCACAGAAUAACAAGCAGCUGGAAGAUGCUCCCAGCACUCUAGAAUCGUACCCGACACUAGCUAGGGAGGAGGAGGAGGAGGAGGAGGAAGAACAUGAACUACUGGAGCUGAAGAGCGUGAAUGAAGUGGAAGUGCAUCAGUUUCCGGAAGAAAGUUCUACAAUCAUUAACAGAGUGAACGAUUACAAUGAGAGCUGGAGUGAGCAGUUGGAGAAUGAAACACUGUUUAUUGAGGAUGAGAAAAUGCAUCAGCACAUUAAUUCUGAGACGAGUUUCCAAGACCUGCACCUCAUUACUGUAGAACAGCAGAAUCCUCAGGGAGAAAAACAAUUCAAGUGUACAGAAUGUGAUAAAGGAUUCACAGCACAGAAAAACCUCCUAGUUCAUCAACUGAUUCACGUUAAACCAUAUAAGUGCGCUGAAUGCAACAAGAGGUUUGCCUUGAAAAAGAGCCUAGAAACGCACCAGUGGGUUCAUACAGGAAAUAAACGGUAUAAAUGCAUGGUGUGUAGCAAGAUGUUGGUCAGUUCUCAGUCUUUAAGAGUACAUCAGAGAGUUCAUAUGAGGGAGAAGCCACAUAAAUGUGAUGACUGCAGCAAGUGCUUUAUGCAGAAACACCAACUAUUAUCACAUCAGCAGAUUCACACAAAGCACAAUCUGUACCAAGUUACUGAAUCCUGCCAGGAGGUUCACAAUGAAAAAAGUUUGAUAUCACAUCAGUGGGAUAACUCUUGCCAGAAGUCACACAGAUGCAGUGAAUACAGCAAGAGUUUUACACAGGAAUGUUGUCAAGUAUCAUAUCAGCAACCACAUUACACAUGCGCUGAAUAUGACAAGAGUUUUGCCCAAGAAUGUCAAGGAAUGCCACAUCAGCAGUGUCAUACAGGCCAGAUACCUUAUAAAUGCCUUGAAUAUAACAACAGUUUUGCAGAACAUAAUUUAAUAUCAGAUCCUGCCCUUCACAUGUGUCACAAACCAUGUAAAUAUACUGAAUGCGGUAACUGUUUUGGUUAUCAGAUGAGUGAAGUGGGACAUCAUAUGGUUUGUACAGGACAGAGCCUUUUUAAAUCUGACUGUGAUGACAGAUUUGUCAGUAAACCCUGCCACGUACCACAAGAGCCAGUCCACAUGUGGCAUAACCCAUGUAAAUGUGCUGAACUCCAUGAAAGAUUUGCCCAUGAGAAUAGUUUAACUCAUCAACCAGUUCACGCAGUACAAAAGUCAUAUCACUAUGAUAAGUGUGACAACUCAUUUGCCCAGAAACAAUGUAAAGUAAUGCAUCAGCAGAUUCAUGUAGAGCAGGAGAAAUUAAAAAUGCAAAAGCUAAGUGAAUAUGCAGAAUGUAGCAAUAAUUUUGCCCAAAAAUCGUGUCUACCAAUACAGCCGAUUCAAACAGGACAGCUACCACAUCAUGAUGAUGAAAACAAGCCAGUUCUGAGCAAACAGGAUCCCAUAUUAAAUCAGAAAGUUCAUCCAAGGAAAAAAACAAAUACAAGGAAAUUUGUACAAAAACAACACUUAAUGUCCCAUCAACAGUGCCAUAAGGGUGAAAAACCAUACAAAUGUGCUGAGUGUAACAAGAGGUUUAAUCAUAAACUGAGUUUGUUUCAGCAUCAGUGGGUCCACACGGGGGAGAAACCAUAUAAAUGUUCUGAGUGUAACAAGAGGUUUACUCGCAAACUAAGCGUAAUUCAGCAUCAAUGGAUUCACACGGGCGAGAAACCUUUUAAGUGUACAGAAUGUAAUAGGAGGUUUACACGGAAACGGAGCCUGAAAAAACAUCAGUGCAUUCGCAGGGUUGAGAAAUUAAACCAUAAGCAGAGUCUGACAGAGCAACAGAGUUUGUUAAUAAAUCAACAGAUUCAAAGAGGGCAGAAACAGUACAGAUGUGCUGAACUUGGCAAGAGCUUUACCCAGAAACCACUUCUGACAACACAUCAGAUGGUACACGUCACACAAAAAUUAUAUAAUUGUACUGAAUGUAGUAAGACAUUUGUUCAUAAAAAGAGACUGCUGACACAUGAACAGAUUCAUGCAAGGCAGAAACAGCAGAUUUAUAUGGAACAGAAACCAUAUAAGUGUACUAAAUGUGACAAGACUUUUACCCAGAAACAGUAUUUCGUGUCACAUCAGCAGACUCACACAGAUCAAAAAGCAUCUGAAACGGCUGAGUGUAGCAAAACAUCUGCCAGUAAACAGAGCUUAGUAAAUCCCCAGCAAUCUGAUGCAGGUCAGAAAACAUAUCAGUGUACCGAGUGCAAAAAGCCAUUUACCCUUAAACAGGACCCAGCAUUGUAUCACCAUGGAGUUUCAUGGCAGGACCAAAAUAAAUGUGUUGAAUGUAGGAAGAAGAGGUUCUCCCCAAAACAGCAUUUAAUAUCACACCAGCAGGGUUACACAAAGGAUAAAACAUAUAAGUGUACUGAUUGUAACAAGAGGUUUACACAUAAGCAAAGCCUACUGCAGCAUCGGUUUGUUCAUACAGGUGACACACCAUACAAAUGUGGUGUAUGUAACAAGAUGUUUGUUCAGAAACAGCAGUUAUUAUCUCAUCAAAGGUGUCACACAGGGGAAAAACCAUAUAAAUGUGCUGAGUGCAACAAAAGAUUUAACCAUAAAAUAAGUUUGUUUCAGCAUCAAUGGGUUCACACGGGAGAAAAACCAUAUAAAUGUGCUGAAUGUAACAAGGGGUUUACUCGCAAACUAAGUGUAAUUCAGCACCAAUGGAUCCACACUGGGGAGAAACCCUUUAAGUGUCCUGAAUGUAAUCGGAAGUUUACACGGAAAAUGAACCUGAAAAAACAUCAGUGCAGUCGCAGAGUGAUGGGAAAAGCAACCACGGAUAAAUUAAAGACUUAGUAAUGAUUUCAGGAGUCUGAAAUAUGCCAUGAAUUAUGAAAAUGGUCCAUUUUCAGGAAUCCAGCAGAAAUCCCAGAAGUUAUGAGCUUAAAAAGGUUGCAAAGUAUACGAUUUUUCUUAUUGCACCAUAUAUUUUGCCUAGAAACAACUUCAAAAGUUUUGUUGCAGAUUCAUAUAGUGGAGAACAUCUGAAAUGUAUGCUCAGUUUGCAAUCUUUCAUAAUAGAACAAGUUCAAUUUACUAAAAGAAAAAAAUGACAGUUGAAGAUUAUAUUAUACAGUUAACCAUUUCCUACUGAAUAGAUUUGUAAAGGACGGGUACAAAAACUGAUAGAUUCUCAGCAUUCAAGUUUAUAGAUGUGUUUUCUGAGAUGUAUUAAACUGGAAAAUUACACUACCAUUUCCAUAAUACUAAAGCAGUCUUCCCUACAGCUGCCACAGAAGUCAUACUCAGAAGGGAAAAAUCCAGAGUUGCUGCCUGUCACUGUCUUGCUGCUUGGGUCCCGCUCUACCAUCUAGCCAAAAACCUGGGCUGUAAAUGCAACCUGUAUUUUAAAAAAACAAACUACUCUACAACUAUGUUACCUUGACUCUGUGAAUGACCAAACACUUAAAAAUCAUGCACCAAAUUAUCAAGGUUUACAAAUAGAAGUGGUUUACACUUUUUAGAUUGUAUGCAAGUUAUAUUAUGCACUGGUAAAUGUGCAGGAACAUUUGCAUUUAGGAAGUUGAUUAAUAAAAUCAUUAGAACUUGA